CCGAGCUGUCCGAGAAGUGAAUUCAUUAUGAGUUACUAUUUGUUUCUCUCUCUAUUAAUUGCCGUUUGCAAGGCGGGCAUAAUACCAAACGAGGAUUAUUCGCACCAUGCGGUUUAUCACGGCUAUGGCGCUACCAGUUAUCAAAACGUGCGGCUUAAUAAUCACGAUGCUAUAGAGUUGCCCGCGAAUUAUGGAGACCCCGCAGAAAUUCAGGAGGCUGAUGUGGAGCACCAUCACGAGAGAAUCAUCCCAAUUGUGGAAUCAGACAAUGACGUAGAUCACAUCGUGUCUCAUUCCGCUCCAUAUGAAGAAUUUGCUGUUGAUGACGUCAAGUCUGACAUACUCGAUCAUGAUCAUUAUCUCGAUCAUGACCAUUAUGAAACAUCAUUAUGAUCUUCAUCUAUAAAAAUGAUUUAGAAAAUAGUGUUCGAAUAAUUAAAGUGCAAUCUUUGUCUAUGUGAUCAAUUUAAAAUUAAUUGAAAAUUUCUGAGACUCAAAUGUAUUUAACAGACACGUUCGAUUAUUUGAUAGUUAAACAAAAAUAAUUAAUACGUGUUUUAGAAAAUAUUCUUUUUAUAGCGCGCAUAACUGUUUUCGCAUCGCAGUUUUAAUCGUAGUACAAAUAUGUUCUUGUGAAAAUAAUUCGCAACAGACGAAAAUAAUUGCGAACGUGAUUUGCGUAAUUUUUUUUAUUUCGUCCUUUA